AUGUCUGAGGCAGUCCACAAAAAUAGCUGUCGCUGGUACGCCGACUACCAAAACCCGGUGGCUGGUAGUUCACCGGACGAGCUGCGAGUCCUCGACAUCCGACACUCGGCCUGGAUCCUCUCGGACUCAAACCCUCUGACGUCCGUGGCAGGGGCUGAUCAGCUGAACCUGACGAGUGACUAUGAUUGUGGCCACGACAGGAGUCUCGAGGUCUUCAUCAACAGAAACGUCACCGACAUUAUUGAGCCCAGCAACGUUAGCCUCCAUGACCUAGGGCUCUCACUUGACGACGUGCAAAAGCAGUUGAACUCUGACCUCGAAGAAGACCUUGACCUUACCUUUAUGUUUGGUGGCACAACCGGACCCGUUAAACCGGAGGACCGCUUAAACAGAGACAGAGAGAAAGUUGUGUCCGACGAGAAUACAUUCAAAAGGAUUGGACCAAAGAACGGUAAUCAAUCUAAAGAGGGAGGUCCAGCAGGCCAACAGGACUUAUCUGCCCUUAGUGCUGCUCGAGACGAAUCGUCUGUCGAGGCAGAGACAGAUUUUCUGGACGUUUUGAACAAAGCGUUUAAGACUAGGACUCGAUGUCACUACAAGAGACUUAUAGUCCUAGAUGAAAGUCAGAAUAGGCUCACCCCGCUGUUUCACUUCGAAUUCCUUGUGCAAGAAGCUGAUUACCCUGUGCUAGAGGUGAUGAACUUUUCCAACAUCAUGCUCCGAGCUGUUCCCAGGGAGUUGUCCCAGUGGCGCAGACACUUCGCGGCUCUCACGCUUCUCGACCUCUCCCACAAUCUCAUCUCAGAACUUGAGGUAGCCAACUACCCACCUCGACCCGGAGCAAAGCUGGUAACCUUUGACCUUCGUCACAACAACAUCACCACACUCAGCAAGGACGUUCUCCAGAAGUGGGCUGAGGUGGAGGGUUUCCACGUGGACAUCCGUGACAACCCGAUCCACUGCGGGUGUGAACUGUCUUCAUUCUUGUCGUAUCUCCACAACCCAACGGCGUUUGCCGGCAGGCUAGCACAAUACGAGUACGUCAAACACCUCCGCUGCGCCAGUCCCAUGAACCUCGCCGGCAAUCCCCUCCACAAGCUCAGCGUAGACAUGCUGUCUUGUCCGGAGAUGGAAUCAAACGCCGAAGCUUUGAUAGCGCUUGGCGUCAUUUUGGUGUUGCUGAUUCUAGGGAUCAUAUUCGUUCUGAAGUUUAAAGUGGAGAUCAGAAUCCUGCUUUACACACGGCUACACAUCAGACUUCCCUGUGAUUCGGACGACGCCAGACAUUCAAAAACUUACGACGCGUUUGUUUCGUACAGCAACGAGGAUGACACAUGGGUUUUCGAAAAUCUCGUGAAAUAUUUGGAGAACAGGGACAACAUUUUCUCUGUGAAUGACUUCCAGCUCAAAGGUCAUGGCCACAGAGAUGUUAACCACACUGACCCCAACAGAAAGACGUUCAAGUUGUGUAUACACCAGGUAAGAGACUUUAUCCCAGGCAAGACAAUCUUCGACAACAUUGUGGAGAGCAUAGAGGCAAGUCGGCACACCAUCAUCGUCCUCUCUCCUAGCUUCAUGCGCAGUCACUGGGCUAUGGAGGAGCUGCGUCAGGCGUACAAGCAAAGUCUGGUCGAAAAGACACGGCACCUCAUUGUCCUGCUCUUGGAGAAAGUUCCAAAAGAGCAGAUGGACCCAUUAAUCAGCCGCUGCUGCAAGACAUUUACGUAUCUAGAUGUUCAUGACAGUUUCUUUAAGGACAGGCUUGUCUUCUCUCUCUCCACCAAAGACAGAGCCGCAAGACGACGGGAGAGGCUAGAGGCAGAGAAAAGUGGACGUGACAGACUAAGCAGCCCGUCCAGCCUCAGCACGCUAGGUCCAGAGAGCAGCUCCUCUCACUACUACGACAUCAACAGCGCCUACCUCAAUAGCGGGUACAUCAACAACACAGAGGGCCCCUCAGCCUACUCGCCUCUGCCCGUGAGGCCAUCGGAGACGCUGAGAGAACUCUCCAACAUGUCCACCUCGUCAACCACAGCUUUGACAGACGGGUGA